AUGUCCUCAGCGGCGGCUCGUGCAGAAGCGCGUAGAAAAGCAAUCCUAAGCAGAGGCAAUGAUAGGUUGAACAGGCUUACGAACUCUGCGCGGGGUGAGGAUAAUCCUGUGUACGCUCAUGUCGAUGUACCACCACGAAAAGCACCUACAACAGAGACUUUCGUAGGCGAAGAAACGAUCAUGCCAACUCCACCUGCUCGUCCGAGUCCUAGUCCCGCUCCAGCUCCUCCCGCAUCUUCACAUCCUCACGCUGGUGCAACCAACCAAAAUGAAUCUGGUCCUUCCGCUUGGACCACAGAGCAACAACAAGAAUUCAUGCGUGCGCUCAUGUCUGCGCCAGAUCGCAGCAGCAGUGGACCUGGCUCCGCACCUUCACAUCCCUUUGGUGCCCCAACUGAACCAGGCUCUGAAGCUCCAGAUGACCCGAUGGCCGCGUUAAUGAACGCUCUUGCUCAAAUGACUGGUCAAGCGCCUCCUAACAUGGGUGGUCCAGGCGCAAUGAAUAUGAAUAUCCCAGGGAUGGACCCGACAACAAUGAAUAUGAAUAUGAAUAUGAAUAUCGGUCCUCGACCUCGAUCGUUAUACUCAAAACUCCGCCCUUUACUUCACUUACUCGCUUCGUGGACCUUACUCGCGUUUUUCGCGUUCUUCAUGGAGCCUAAGGAGUUUGACUCCGUACAUGGUUCCCGAGCGACUUUGAGUACUACUCUGAGUACUUGGGAUAGGUGGGCGGAGUUGGGGUGGAAGAGUACGAGGAGGCCGUUUGGUGUGCAGCCUGUUCCGUUUUUCUGGGCCUUCGUAACUCUCCAGCUAAUCCUACACUCAAUUCAACUCUUUACAAAAGCUGAUCCAAUUCAACCGCCAACCCUACUAGCGAUGGCCCUCCCAAUCUUACCACCACAAUGGAGGUCAUUAGUCACGAACGUACUCGUUUAUUUACGUAUGAUUGGGAUAUUGCUUGAUGAUGUUGCUGGAGUUGUUGUUGGUGUGGGGGUUUUGAUUUGGGUUGCUGCUUGGGGGUAUUCCUUCAUUCUUGUUUAA